UCCUGCCAUAACCAAUAUGGCUCUCCCCGGCCGCACGAAAUAUGACUGCAUUGUUAUAGGGGCUGGAAUCCAGGGCUCCUUCACAGCCUAUCACCUUGCUAAGCACAGGAAGAAGACCCUGCUGCUAGAACAGUUCCCCCUUCCACACUCCAGGGGAAGCUCGCAUGGACAAACACGCAUUAUUCGGAGAGCCUACGCAGAACAUUUCUAUACUGACAUGAUGGAGGAGUGCUAUCAGUUGUGGGCUGAACUGGAGAAAGAAUCGGGGACGCAGCUGUACAGGAAAACGGGUCUUCUUGUCUUGGCAAAAUCUGGGAAUGAAGAGUAUGAGACAGUCUGCAAAAACAUGACAGAGAAGCAGAUCCCAUGGGAGAAUCUGAGUCCAGCUGAAAUGAAGGUCAGAUAUCCAGGUCUGUUCUUAAGUCCAGGGGAAGUUGCCUGUUGUGACAUCAAUGGCGGAGUUCUAUACGCAGACAAGGCUUUGAGAGCUGUACAGAUGCUUUUCAAACAAAUGGGUGGAGUGAUUCGAGAUGGAGAGAAGGUGAUGCACAUAAAGCCGGGGCCUGUGGUAACUGUGACAACCAAUUCAAGCAUCUAUGAGGCUGAUGGGAUUGUCAUAACGGCAGGACCUUGGGCUCAAAAAGUACUUCGCCCACUCGGCCUUCAACUCCCAUUAAAGACGCUGAGAAUCAAUGUGUGUUACUGGAGAGAGAAGAUUCCUGGCAAAUCUGGGAUCCUUCAGAGCCUUCCCUGCUUUUUGGGUUUCAAUCUCAAUGGAGAGGAGCAUGAGGUGUAUGGGCUGCCCUCCCAGGAAUAUCCAGGGCUCAUCAAGAUAUGCUUUCAUGGAGGAAAUGAAGCAGACCCUGAAGAGCGUGACCUCAAAGUCCAAAAUCCUGAAAUACAGGACAUUGCAAAACUCAGCAGCUUUAUCAGUCGCUAUAUUCCAGGCUUACACCCAAGGCCUGCUGUGGUGGAACAGUGCAUGUAUACGAACACCCCAGAUGAAAAUUUUAUAUUGGAUCAUCACCCACUUCAUAAAAACAUUGUCAUUGGUGCUGGAUUUUCAGGCCAUGGAUUUAAACUGUCGCCUGUGGUUGGUAAGAUCCUGAGUGAACUCUGCACAGGAGAGAAAGAGUCAUAUGACCUUAAGCCUUUCCGGAUCUCGCGCUUCAAAACCCCGUUAAAGGCAGCGUUGUAAUGUAAAUUGCACUUCAGAAGCCAUAUUGUGCUGCCAUACGGUGACCAUUUUAAUUACUUGGAUAGAGAUGGCUGGACUCAUUAAUUAAGAUUCAAGAUUUGUGAGUUAAGUUUCUGAAUUUUAAGCAGCCUCUGUUUUAAUUAACACGAUUUCAGGAUAUAUUUAAAGUGAUCCAUAUAAUACAGGCAACGGGACAUUGGUGUUUUUAUAUUUGUCAACAUCUUUUGUUAUAGUCAUUCAGACUAUAAUUCCCAUAUGUAAUAAAAGCAACUAAGUUAACCCCUUGCAACCAAUAAGAUAUUUGCGUUGAAACAGGUGACCAGUAAAUGCUGCCUGCUGAUUGGUUGCUAUGGGUUACUGCUCCUGGGCAAAUAGUGCCUUUUAUUACAUAAACCCCUAAAUGUCUUGCAAUCUAGUAGAGAUGAAUUGUUAGUGGUGCAGAUAUGAGGAGCACCUUAUAACCUUAUUACAAUACUGGAAAUGUAAGGAUAUUGCUCAGGGCGAUGCACCAUUAGUACCUUUUUAGUAACUGCUUGGUGACUUUUCACUGGCCUGUCUCACACAAGCAUCGUGGUUACACUCUUUCAUGUUCUUCUUUACUUCAUCAUGAAAUGUAAUUAAAUUAAAAUAAAACUCCUCACACAAUAAAAAAAAUUAUUUUUAAGAUCCA